UGGACCCUUAGUACCCCGUACCUACCGCAACACAUCGUACAUUUCUCACUCCUCGCAUCUUUUGAAACACGCCUGUCGAUCCGGGUCCUAUCACCUCAAUCGACGUCAGGCAAGGAGCGGCACCGACAACAAUCUCAUCCCACUCCACGCACGCACGCUCCUCGACAACAAACAUGUCUGCAAUGACUGCACAACCCACCCAGCCUUCCUAUGGCGUCCCGCUCCAUCGCAAACCCGUUCCACCUCCCGGCACUGCCGUCCGCCCCGCACAGCAACACUAUUCACCCGAUACAGCUCAGCUUCAAGGUCAUUCACGUACCAGGACAACUUCUUCUGGUGUCUUCCCCAUGGGUCCCGGUACCUCCGCUCCUCCCUCCGCAUACGGCACUCCCCAAGGCACAAUGCAGUCCUCCCAGUACCCUACCCAGUACCCUCCUCAGCAAGUCCUCAACCAGGGCACCCGCCGCACCCUCUCGAAUGCUACCUCCUCCUCCACCUCCACCAACGGCACGCCGAACCGCUCCAACAGUGGUGCUCUACGCCGAUCAUCGUCCUCGCGCUCGGGAAAUUCCCCUUCCUCCUACGUCGCUAUGAUGCGGAAACAGAAGGCCACAGUCUGGUGCGAUCGCGCCCAGUAUGAAGACCCACGGAUAUUGGCACAGCAGCGAGCAGCGAAGCUGCGUGCGAACAUGGAGGUGGUAGGUGGGCCGCACCACGCCCCGCCACGGAAUGUCUCUGGCAGCUCGAGCGUCGCCGCAGGUGUGCGAUCCAAGAUCACGCACAGGGCACCCAAGGCGUCGCUAUAUGCACCAGCAAACAUGGCAGGCACCGGUGUUCCAAUGCGUUUGAGUGCCACCGAGGUCGACGAAGGGGAUAGCGAAGACAAUGGCUCUACACACGGACCUUACCAUCAACGCACAGGUUCUGGUCGCAGUUCCCUGGGCUCCGGCCGUCGCGUUGCAUAUGCCAACCCCGCUGGCCGACUAUCGACAAGUUCCACACCUCCCAAUGGCAUCAGUACAUCCGCAGAAGGCAUGGAAGAUCUUGCUGAGGAGGAAACGCCGAUGCCUGGCUACACUCCCACCAACUACUUCGAACACACCAAGACUGGAUUGUCGGGAGGAAGUGGAAGCAGCAGCGGCGAACGAAACUUUGGUGAUGUAGGACAGAUGCCCCAAGGCCUGCCGAAGCCAGCCACGGAGAAGAAGACAUCGGACGAUCUUCACCGGAGAGGCAGCGUUGACGAACGAACCACGACCAUGAGCAACACACGACUCUUCAUUGCGAAUCCGGAUCUCAGCGAUUGAGAUCAGAACAUCAACCACCACCACAAAAAUAUAUUUCACAACUUCUCCAUGAGAUACCCGUCUUCGAUGUACGUGGGCAUGCUUUUAUCCUCUUUAUCUGCUUUUGGGCAAAGAAAUUUUCUAUAUGUUUUUCCUUUCCCUGGUGUUCGGACACACUCUAUGCAUCCUCUCGUUGGACUCUAGCGGCAUCGGCUUGUUUUAUUCGGGCCUGGCUAGCUCUGUAUAGAUCUUUCUUUUAUGUUAUGAUUUCCCUCUUUUCCUUUCCGGGUCGCGCGUACCCAGGCGGUCGCUCGCUAAAUUUGUAUAUAUACAUUGGUAUCGUGGAAGUUGCAUGAUUUUAAGGAUAAGGACUAUAUGGGAACCAAGAACUCACAUAUAUAUAAUAAUGAAUUGCUGUUCUCCAUAACCUGAUUGGUG